CUUCUACUCCAUCAGGUACUGCACAUGAUCGAGCCUCACUUUUCCACACACCAGUUCUCUUGUUGUCAGAUCAUUUUGACUUCUUUGAUUUUUAAAAUAUUCCAUGCGCACCAGUAUCUUCUCCAACCUGCUCGUCUUCUCCAAUCGCUCAUCUUCUCCGGUUAGCAACUGCAGCGACCAUCGGCUAGCAACGAAACCAGAGGCGAGCUGGGGCGAGCAAAAUCCGAUCCAGAUCUGUUGCUGCAGAAUCAAGCUCGUUGCACUCCCCCUCUUUCCUUCUCCUCCUUCUCUAUUGUCUUUCUCUCUACCCUCUUCUAUUUUUGUCGUAGCCCGCAAGUCCGAUGCUUCUGAUUUCUUCUUUACUUGUUAAAAUUGCCAGAUUUAUUCUGAAAAUGCCAACAAAAUGGCAUUCUUACUCUUCGAAAAAUUCGUGUUUACUUUCGAAAAUGCCAUUUUAAUGGCAAUUUCAAUUUCAUGUUGGCAUUCCGAUAAAAAUGUUGGCAAUAGUGGCAGAGGCGGCCAGAGAUGCAGCGGCGGAUGCCAGAUCUGCGGUGGUGGCCGCCGGUUUUGCAGGGGCAGCAGUCGCCGGAUUGAGGAGGCCAGAUCUAUUGUUCCGGUGACUAGAUCUAUUGCUCUAGCGACCGGAUCUGCAGCUGCGGCGGCCAGAUCUGCAAUGAUGGCCAAUUUUGAGGCCACGGCGGCAGCCGGCGAGCGGUGGCGACAGCCGGCGAGCGGUGGCGGCCGGCGAGUUGCAGCGGUCCGGCAGUGUGGCUGUGGCAGCAUGUUUCAAAGGUUGAGGGACAUCUUUGUCCAACUACAAAUAAUAAAUCCUAUUUAGGGAACUUUUAAACAUUAAUCCUUCUUUAGCAAUUAAUGAUUUAUUUACUCCUAUUUAGAACAUUCUCCCUUUACUUUACCUAUAAAUGCUAUCCGGUCAUAUUAACUGAGAUUUGAUUCGCAUGCUGCAUCUUAUAUCUUGUUAUUGGUAUAUAUUUUUUUUUCUUUUGGAAAACCACG